AUGAAGUUUUCAUCUAUCAUUGCUUAUGCUGAACUGUACGCUUUGUUUAUGGUGUUAUUUUCAAAGGGUGAUAAAAACGGAAGAAAAUCAAGUGAUUCAGCAGUGGCCCAUGGUGUUUACCUGGAGAGAUGGGACAGAAUAGAUUACAAACGUGUCAAAUUUCUAUUGGCAGAUCCGCGAUUCCCAAACCUGCCAAGUUUAUCAAUAUGUCUUCCAACAUUUGAACAGCCUUCUAAGUGGGGAGAUUUCUUUGGGACCCGUUUGAGAACUUAUUUUGUUCCCCUUCAAACUGGAAACCACUAUUUCUAUCUCUCAUCUGAUGCUGGGAGCAGACUCUACCUCAGCCCAGACGAAACGCCAAAGAUGAAGGCACAGAUUAAUGCCAUAUUUGGUGGCUUUGCCACGUAUCACUACGAAUAUAAUAGGUUCAUUGAUCAAAAAUCCCAACCAGUCUAUCUAUUUAAGGGCAAGUACUAUUACAUGGAAGCUAUAUUCAAAGACGACCAUCAGAACGAUCACCUAGAAGUUGGAUUGAAGACUCCAGAUGGAACAUUUUAUAGAGUAAUUCCAUCAAAGUUCCUCUGGACGAAACUUCCUCCAAAACCAGCACAGAAUGCUACUUACCGGGCAAUUUUACUCAAAGUGGCUGCAAGGGCUGGUGCAAGAGCCGGUUCAUCAUUUGGGGCGAAAUGGGCAAGAAAGAGUGGAGCCAGAGCUGGAGCAAAGGCUGGUGCAAUAGCAGGAAUGAAGGCUGGAGCAUCAGCGGGGGCUCGUGCAGGUGUUGAGGCUGCAAUAAAAAUGGCAUCAAAAACCCUUGAGGAAGCAUUUAACUCUCUUCAUGGUAAUGACGGGCACAAAUUUAAAAUUGUGUUCAAAAAUGGAAGUGUUGUUUCUGUAACUGGUCCGGGAAUGGAAAGUGCCCCUGGGAGAGCAAGCGCCGCUGCAGCCACUGCAGCAUCAGGAGCUACUGGAAGUAGUGGUAACAGUGGUGUUUCUGGAACCCCUGGAAUCGCUGGAACGGCUGGAAUAGCUGGGAAAGCCGGCACUCCUGGCACAGUUGGGACCGUCGUAGCUCCUGGAACUGGAGGUGGAGGUGGAGGUGGAGGAGGAGGUGGGGGCGGAGGAGGGGGUGGAGGGGGAGGUGGUGGAAGUGCCGCAGGCGCCGGAGGUGGAGCCACUGGGGGUAGUGGAGCGAUAGGUGGGGGUAUCGCAGGCGGAGGUUCGGCAGGUGGAACUGUGACAGGUGGUGGUGUUGGUGUUGCUAGUGGAGCAAGUGCUGUUACUGCAGUGUCAACUGGUGUGGCUGGCACUCCUUCACAGGUUACCUCAACCACGAACUCAGCAAGUGGGAGCAGUGUAGCUGUAGGGGCUGGUGAAGAAGAAGUCGAUAGUUAUGCCCUGUCACCUGAAAGGCCAUUAACGAUAAUUCCAAGACCAGGGGAAGAUCCCCAAGCCCUGGCUACAUCACAGGCCAUGCUUUGGCCAAAAGUAGGGGGUGCAACAGGGCUCGUCGCAAAUGCAAUGUACACAUUCCACUCAUGGGGCAUACCAUACAGACAAGAGGAAACCUAUCUAAAUAACUGUUGGCGGUCAGUGAAUGGAGUCCUCCACAUGAAGCCAUUCUGCCAAGCCUUUAUCGCUCGAGUGCCUGCUCUUUAUGUCAAGGCUACCUCAAAGAACUACUCCGUAUCCUUUGAGUCCGCGUGUAGGCCUGGUCAUUUCUUAAGACAAAAGAACUAUCAUUAUCUUCUGGAAAAGAGAGAUGGAACGGAGCUGUUUGAUAAAGACAGCUCCUUUUACAUCUAUUCGGUGAUGAAAUAUCAUCGGAAUCUCCUUUUCAACGCCAUGCACCAAGACUGGUAUAUAUGCGAAGAGAGUAAUUGGAAAGAAAGGGAUCCUGCAAUGGUUCUUGACUUUUACAAAGGUGAGCCGGAUGUUCUACAACGUUGCUCCUUCGCUGUUUACCCGCUCUCGUUAACCAGUAACAAGUACAUGAACUGUAAAAAUGUCCUCGGUCCAGUAAAGCACAGAGAAAUUAACGGACAGUCACUGCCCCACCCACCUCCUUUACUGCCACAUCUUCCUCCGCCGCCUCCUCUCUUGCCUGUAUGUUUGCCAGUGUGCCCGGCUCAAGAAGCGGGAGGAACUUCUGGAGUGGGAGGAACAUCUGCUCCGAAUUUUCCGUCCACAGUUGGAGUUUCAAGCGUCCAAGAGAGUGCACCCAUGUGCGUUGCAUUAAUUUUCAUCAACGACUUCCACAGUCCAUUUAAAAUUUAUUCCCCUCUCAGAAAAGAUGGAUAUCUCGUCAGUGGAUCAGAAUUUCAGCUAAAAUUCAUUGUAAACCGACCCGAGCUGCAUGGCGUUGUGGAAUUCAGUGCCCAAGACCCAGCAGGAAAAAGCAACCUUCUUUUAAACGGAAAAUCAAGUAUUCUGGAACCAGUAGUGCGAGAUUGUCCUAUUUUUCGGAAAAUUUCAGUGACAUCCCUACAAGGUCCAUCUCAGGCAAAUACAUCGAGUAGUUCAUAUGCUCCGCCGGUUGAAUCAGGAAUUCUUUCACCUCAAAAACCAGUACCGUCCCUGCCGUCUCAAUAUGGACCCCCAUCACCACAUUUGCCUCCCGCUCCGCCACCUUUUCCCUCGCCUCCAGCAGAAGCACCUGCCUCUUCCACUUCUCAUACUCCAUCGGCAAAUGAACCGUCAGUUGCUCCCCCUCCGGUACCAGCUUCAGCUCCUCCUUCCCCGAGUCCAGCAUCAGCAUCGCACCACAAAGAUAAUGGAUCCUUUCACUAUCAUUUCCAUUAUCACCGGUCGAAGAAUCCUUUAAAUGGUAAAGAGAUUAUAAUUGUUCUUAUACGAAAAGUAGUUCUCGUUAUUUAG